AUGAAUUCACUUCUUUUGUUAUGUUUUGUUUUAUCAGUCGCAACUAUUGAAGCCCAUACGGUUCAUCUCUCACAUUCUCAAAAGGAGAAAGCCCAUUUAUACAUUGCAGAAUGUAUGAAAGAGAGUGGAGUUAAAUCGGAAGUAUUAUCUGAGGCGAAGAAAGGUGUAUUCGAGGAAGACGAGGCGCUAAAGAAAUUCACGUUAUGUUUCUUUCAAAAAUCUGGCAUCAUAAAUGACGAAGGAAAGUUGAAUGUAGCAGAAGCUUUAGCUAAAUUACCGAGCGGUGUUGACAAGGCAAAUGCUGAGAAACUGCUAGAAGAAUGCAAAAAGAAAACUGGAAAGAAUCACGCAGAUACAGCCUUUGAAAUUUACAAAUGUUACUAUCAUGGCACAAAAGAACACAUUUUACUUUGA